AUGGAGAGGCAGCUCACGGCCCCGCUGCGCAUCGAGCCCCUUGGCCCUCCGACUAAGAUCAGCACCAAGCAGACGUACACGCACCUCGCGCAGUUCGUGGACCACCUCGCGCCGUCGCCUGCGCGGACGCAGCUCGAGCGGCUCGCGGACGCGCUCGGCGUCGAAGUGGGCGCGAUUGCCGCGUCCGAGGGCGAGGCGCGGGAGAAGAAACGCGAGGCAGAGCGCGCGGCGGCGCGCGCGGAGCGGCGCAGGACGCGGGAGGCUGUGCGCGUUGCUGAGGCUGAAGCCGAGGCCAAGGCCGACAAGGACGCCCUCGAGGCUGCUAUUGAGGGCGAGGAGGCGCCGGAGGACGAGGGCGAGGAGAUGGGAGAAAACUUUGGUGACGGGCCGACUAUGGACGACCGGGGGGACGUCGAGUAUGGCGACGUGCCGGAAGACGACGAGGACGAGCCGGAUAAUGAGACGCAGCCGAUGGACGAGGACUAGGGCAGGAAGGUAGUCUCGGCAAGCGCAGUAUGCGCGACAACAUUUGCAUACAACAUCGACACGAUACCCAGCACGACACCGUCACCCGGCUCCAGACUCCACACCCUCCCCUGCGACAUCCUAUGCGACUUCUUCGGCGGCGUCGCCCCAGCAAGGCCCGCGCCCCUCUCCCCGCAUGUCGAGGAUUUUGAAGAAUCCGCACCCCUUCAUAUCGCCCGUCCGUGAUGGCGCCUGGCAUUGCCAGAAGUACACCAUGUCGUCGUCUACUACGCCGUUCGACACCGUCCCUGAAGCUCGCUGGACACCGAGGGCGGACCGCGCUUUGCCGCGCUGGUCGGCACGCAAGAGGCUUCUGUAAGCUUGUAGGGAUAUGUACGUACGUGGGGAGGCCGCAUUUACAGUGUGGUGUACCGAUGCGCGUGCCCGAAGGUUCGG